AUACUGUGGUCUGUCAGUUAAUAGCGACCUAGUAUAACAGGUUGGUUCUCUCUCACUACCAAGCUGUACUAUCGACAAAUAUUUCAUUAAGUGAUAUGUACAUCUAACAUUCUAUUGGAGGCCGUUGUAACUCAGAGUAAGCCUUGGAUGAAAGUAUAUACGUGAACUUUGUAAAGAGAUUAGUUGCAUUCAGUUUAUUAAGCGACAUCCAAGUGGACAAUCACCAUGACUCUAUCGGAAAUGAAAGCAUCUUCGGAGGAAAAUAUUGUCCAUAAAAACUCUCAGAAUGCAGGACCCGAAGAUGGUGGAGCUGACACUGGAGUUGUAACUAAUCAUGGCCAUGUUGCAACAAAUGAGAGUCCCAAAGAUUUGCAAGCUUCGGAUGAAGACACAAAUUCAAACCAGGACUCAGGCAGCGACGUUGACGAGGCAGACGACACAGUGGACUUGUCUUGUGGCAUCUGGAAAUUCCGAACUACUAUUUUGGGAACAUGGUUUACAAACCUCUAUUCAUUCUCCAUCAUUGUUGGGCUGUCCAGCAUGUUUGCAUUCAUGUCCAGGAGAAUCGUUUCUGUCCAGUUGGAGUCCUUGGAGAAACAGUUCAAUAUCAACAACACUUAUGCAGGACUUUUUGAGACUACUUCAAAAAUUGGGCUAAUCGCUACAAUCUUGUUCUCUGGUCACUUCACUCGAAAAGUUCACAUUCCUGUGAUUGUUGGAAUCUCUGGCAUUAUCCAAGGGCUUCUUCUCAUCGCUCCGGCUGUUCUACAGUUUGUUGAUCCGUACACGCUUCCGGUUUUGACUUACGGAAAUCAAAGUAACGGUUCCCACGAAAGUGACAAGUACAUGUGUGGUGCCACAAUUAUAAAUGAGACCACAAAUGGCACAACCUUAUCACCCAACACCAACAAAUCAGAAGACAUAAGUCAAACUGCGCUGAUUCUGGUGCUGGUGGUGUUAACUUUAAAGGGCGUCACGGAGUCCUUCCAUACCCACUACCUCCCCACGGUCUACGUGGACGACAACAUGCUGGACAAAACAAAGAUGUCCUUUUUUUUAGGCAUUCGUUUCUUUAUCGAUGGUUUGUCUGGACCUCUUGGUACAGAGAUCAAUGGCAUUAUAACAGAAGUACCCAUUGACCUGAAAAAAACAGACAUGGAUCCAAAAGAUGGCAGAUUUGUCGCAGCCUGGUGGUUGGCUUUCUUAGUGUGUGGAGCCGGCCUUGUUGUAACGUCCUUUCCACUGCUGUUGUUUCCGAAAACCUUGGUUUCUGAAAAGCAACGACUCCGAGCGCUGAGAAGAGCUAAGGUGGUUUACGCUGGAGGUGUCGCAGAGGAAAACGAACAGAAACCAAGAACUGCCGAGAGAAAGGUGUCAGUACCUCGAAUAGUGCUAGAGGAAGAGGGCCAGGGAAGCAAAGACUUGAGUGACCAUACUGACGGUAUUAAUGGUCAUCCUAAGCACAUGUACGAGCGAAAAGGUUCAGUAGCAUCUGUGAAUGUACCAAUGGCCAGAAAAUUAAGCUUAUUUCCGCCCCUGGAAGGCCCGACCGAGAGAAAAGUCAGCCUAAGCGGGGACAUUGUUUUUGACCAACCGGUCAAAUCAAAGCCUGCUAAUAAACCAAAUGAAAGCGCAUUUAAAGAACUUAUUAAAGAUUUACCCAAGUCCUUCUUACGUUUAAUGAAGACACCAAUGUUCGUAUUGUCCAUCAUCGACAUCUGCGCCAUUUCUAUCCCCCUCUCCGGCAUGUACAUGUUUCGGAAUGUCUACAUGACCAUGGAAUACAACGUAGCGAUGUCUGAAGUAGCACUGGCUACAAGUGUGACGUCAGCUAUCGGGUCAAUGACCGGCUCAGUCAUAGCCUCGUGGCUGUGCACCAAGGCCAACAGUAAACUGGCCUUACAGUGGAUCAUCAUGGGGACCUACUUUGUCCAGCUGGCGGUCAAUCCUUUGUUCUUGAUCUUUGGCUGUGACAACAAAUCUGUUUACGGAGCCAGUGGAUCAAUUGGCCUCCCCAUCAACCUGACAGCCGGCUGUGACUGCACCUACAGCAAACAGCUUCUUUCCUGCGGAGAUGACGGCAACAACUACCUGUCUCCAUGUCACGCUGGAUGUACAGGUGUCAAUGGCAAGAUAUUCACAGACUGCCUAGGACUAGUAAACACUUCCUUCGGGACUACAGUGACACCUGGUGUGUGUUCGUCUGAGUGUCAUACGAACUUUUUAAUCUAUGCCAUACUUCAUGGAGUCCAGUACAUGGUAGAAGGGGGAACCAUGAUACCCAGAUGGCUACUUAUAUUAAGAGUUGUCGAACCCCAAGACCGAGGAUUUGCCACAAGUUUCUAUAUCUUCUUCUAUAACAUCAUGAGUAUACCAUCCUCCAACGUGUUUGGUAAAUUCAUAGAUAAUGCCUGCUUCAUAUGGGACGGUCAGCUGUGUAACCUGUACAAUCGUGAUACUAUCAGGUAUUUAAUGUCCGGUCUUGACGUCGGCGUGAACCUCCUGUCCGUAGUGACCAAUUUUCCAAUGAUCAUUAUCUUGUGGCUGGAGUUGAGGAAGACGAGGAGAGAAACGAAAAAGGAGAAGGACGAUGAUAAGGACGACAAGAAAGACAAGGAAAAGGCAAUCACAGAUGAAGCCAAGGACAAUACAAAGCCAGAAACAGAGAUUUACCAAUUUUGAGAUGAAUAUGUUGUAAACAAAUGAAUUAUUAAAAAUACAAGCAAAAACUAGUACAAUGACGGUUGCUGACUUUUAGAGCAAUUAUGUGGUAAAAAGAAUGAUACAAAUUCUAAGAAAGUAAUUUUGUUUUCAAUGGCAUGAACCACCGGUUGUUUGUUUACAUUAAAACUCAUGACCACUUUCUUGGCUAUUCUUAAUUGUACCACAUAUUCCACAUCUCACUGACCAUUUUAAAAAAAUUUCAAUGACUAUUUUUCCACAUAAUAUAUGACUUGAUAUUCUAGGAUGCAAAUUUCUACAAUAGCUAUUCGUUACGCAUUGUAAGAUUCAAUGUAUUUACCCAUUUAAUACCCUAUUAAGACUGCUAUUAUAUAUAAUAUUUAUUGAACUUUGUAUUGCAUGUAACAUACAAUUUGGAAGUGCUGUUUUAUUAAAAGAUAUAUAUUACA